AUGGACCCUUGUAAGCAAGGUGCUCUUAAUAGGAUUGAGAAUUCUGUCUAUAGAACAGCCUUCAAAUUACGAUCUAUGCAAACUCUUUGCCAAAUGGACUUGAUGGACAGCUCUUUGAUUCAGCAAGUUCUAUUGCGUGGACGAUUUAGGGAGAGCAUGGAGAUCUCCCUUUCUAUACAUGAGCUUUUUCAGGAGCUCCAGGAGCUGUUUCAGAGAACUGGGAUGGGAAAACCAGCACAAGUGCAUCCAAGAGCUCCCGAACUCACUCUGAGCCUUCUCAUGGCCAUGUAUGACAGCACAGGUUCCGGUGUUCUCAAGCUUCGGCCUGUGGCUGCUGCUCUGGUUGCCCUCUCAGGAGACAGCCCUCUUACAAAGUACAGAGCUUUUUUUCAGCUCUAUGCGGAAAACAACAGGAGAGGUGAUGUCUCCCGAGCCCGCAUGACUCGGAGGCUUUUGCGAGCCUUACUAACAGAUCUACAGCAGAUCCCGACUGUCGUGGGAGAGAGCUACACUUUGUGUCCUGUGGAAAGUGCUAUCCACAGCUGCUUCCGAGGGGUGUUGAGCUCUGGAAUCAAGGAGGAGAAAUUCUUGUCUUGGGUACAGUCUGAGCCUCUGAUCCUUCUAUGGCUCCCAACCUGCUACCGACUGUCUGCCUCAGAAAUGCUCACUCACCCUGUGCGGUGCAGCAUUUGCAGAACCUUCCCAAUCAUAGGACUGAGAUACCGCUGUCUGAAGUGUCUCAAUUUUGACAUCUGCCAGCUGUGUUUCUUAUCUGGCCUCCACAGCAAAUCCCACCAGAAGUCACACACUGUGAUGGAGGACUGUGUCCAGAUGUCAGCAAAGGAGAACACAAAGCUCCUCUUCAGGAACCUCAGAUACAGCCUGCCCCAGAAAGGCGGCAGGACAGGAGCCAUGGGAAGACAGUGGCUGCUGGACCAGCUGGCUCCAAGGGACACAGCUAGCCAUGCACAGGCCAGGCUUUGCAUUGAGUAUAAAGGCCCUAAACCCCCAGCGUAUAUGAGGCCAACAGGAGCAGGGCGAACAGCAGCCACAGAAUGCCCCAGACACCUGUGUCAAAGACUGUCACCUGCUCCACAAGCAAAUGAUAACCCACAUCACCAGACCAUUGUCAGCAUUAAGAAGGAACUGUGGAGAAAUUCUGACUUCAUCAAUACUCUGCACAGGGAAAGAAGGCUCCUUAGGAAACAGUUAAAUAGAUACAAGCACAAAUUGCAAGGCACAUACACCUUACAGAAGGAACAGAACUGCAGAUUUGAAACAAAGAUUCAGGAGCUCGCAACCAACCAGGAUAACCUAUGGACCAAGAUACAGCAGAUGAGACAAGACCUGCAGGCUAUGUUGCGACCAUGCCAUCCUUCACUUUCAUCUCAAAACACAGCAUCCAAGAUUGACCAUUCUUUACCCGAUGAUGGGCUAUGGAGAGGAGGGAACUCAUCCCACAUCAAGAGUGUCACUAGGGUUGGUCCGGAAUGGGAACUUCUCCCUAACUCUACCAAGGCUGACAGAAAUCUCAAAUGUAAAGUAAGUUCAGGUGAAACUCUGCCAGACUCUCAAUCCCCAGAGAUCAUUUUUCAGAGCACCGGGACACAAAGCCACCCACAAAAGAUGCUAAGGGAAGGCCAUACCUCCCCAUCUGAUUGCCAGAAGGGAAUGCAAGACAAUCCCCAGAUUCCUCCUGCUGAAGUGAGCAGCCCUGCUCUGGCACCUUCAGCAGGGAAACAGAUAGACCACAUCAGUGAAAAGAUUGAUCUGGAAGGUGAGGAACUGCAAACACUGUUGCCCAGACUCCUGGAUGUCUUCGACCUAGACACAACAGGUCCAAAGCCUUCAGCAGACGUGGAGCUAUAUGGUAAAGCUGAACAGGUGUGCAGAGCUUUCUCUGCCUUUGUGGAUCAAAUCACCUUACCCAGCUUGGACUGA